GGGAGCGAAGAAAACGGAAAGCAGAGGGAAAGAAAGAAAAGAGGGCCGAGAAGCAAAGAAAAGAAAAGAAAUAUAUAUAUAUUUUAAAAUAAAGGAGGUGGUGGGAUCACAUGGGGCAUUAGUUUGCUUGUCUCUCUCCCCCUUUCUUCUCUGCCUUGUAAUUUUCUUAUUUUUCUUCUUCUUCUUCAUCAUCUCACUGUUUCUUCUCUCUUUUUUCUCCUUCUGUGAAUCUUCCUGUUACACUCUCUCCGAUUAGAUCUUUGUGUUUAUUUUCCUUGGGUGAUCUUCAUGGCUGAUGAUAAGGAAAUGUCUGCCCCUGUUGUGGAUGGGAAGGAUCCUGUCACUGGUCACAUCAUUUCCACUACAAUCGGAGGCAAAAAUGGAGAACCUAAACAGACUAUUAGUUAUAUGGCGGAGCGCAUUGUGGGGACUGGAUCGUUCGGAAUUGUUUUCCAGGCAAAAUGCUUGGAAACAGGAGAAACUGUGGCUAUAAAGAAGGUUUUGCAAGACAGAAGAUACAAGAAUCGUGAACUGCAAUUGAUGCGUGUGCUGGAUCAUCCGAAUGUGAUUUCCUUGAAGCAUUGUUUCUUUUCCACAACAACCAAGGAUGAGCUCUUCCUUAACUUGGUUAUGGAAUAUGUACCAGAGAGCAUGUAUAGGGUUUUGAAACAUUACAGCAGUGCGAAUCAAAGAAUGCCACUUAUCUAUGUGAAACUUUACACGUACCAGAUAUUCAGGGGGCUUGCAUACCUCCAUAGUGUUGUUGGAGUUUGCCAUCGUGAUUUGAAGCCUCAAAAUCUUUUGGUUGAUCCUUUGACUCAUCAGGUUAAGAUUUGUGAUUUUGGAAGUGCAAAAGUUCUUGUCAGAGGUGAAGCUAACAUUUCAUACAUAUGUUCACGUUUCUAUCGUGCACCAGAGCUCAUCUUUGGUGCUACGGAAUACACAACCUCAAUUGAUAUUUGGUCAGCUGGUUGUGUUCUUGCUGAACUUUUGCUGGGUCAGCCAUUGUUUCCUGGAGAAAAUGCCGUGGACCAGCUUGUAGAGAUUAUUAAGGUCCUAGGUACACCCACUAGGGAAGAAAUUCGCUGUAUGAAUCCCAAUUACACAGAUUUUAGGUUCCCACAGAUUAAAGCGCAUCCAUGGCAUAAGGUUUUUCAUAAAAGGAUGCCUCCUGAAGCAAUUGAUCUUGCUUCACGACUACUCCAAUACUCGCCAAGUCUACGCUGUACAGCGCUUGAAGCGUGUGUACAUCCCUUCUUUGAUGAGCUUCGAGAACCUAAUGCUCGCCUUCCGAACGGGCGACCAUUACCGCCACUCUUUAACUUCAAACAGGAAUUAUCUGGAGCUUCAACGGAGCUUAUAAAUAAGUUGAUUCCAGAUCACGUGAAGCGGCGAAUGGGGCUACAAAAUAUCAUGCAUCCAGCCGGGACAUAAUACUUCAAACGUGAUUAAAUAAGAUUUGAUAUCUCCUAGUUGAUGCGUGACACAGAGGCAUUACUAUCUUUGGUAACAGCCAUCGAGCAUCAUUUUCUACUCUUCCGCCACGCGUACAGUCUCUGGCCGCUGAAUGGCUGCCUUCUUAUUAUCUUUCUACUUGGAAUUCUCCCUCUCUCGCUCCUUUAUGAGUUCACUUUCUUUUGGCAAAAUGCCGCCUUUGGUAUGUACAUGUAAACAUGCUUGAUAGUAAAAGACAAGACUUUUAAGGUUAGGGUUGGACGAAACCUGAAAAGCUGUUUAUGAAGG